AUGCCGGCGAAACGUCUGGAAAUGUACCGCGUCCACGCCUCCACAAAUCCGUUUACGACUGGUAUCCGCCCAAUAGGUAGCUCAGCUAAUCCCUUCUUAUCCGGCCAACUGAUCAAGCCAUCUCUCAACCAAUUGGGCACUGGAUCAAUUUCUAACUCGCCUGAGACUUCGAUACCAACCGGUUUCGGUGCUUCCGAUCUUUCCGGUUUGCCACCGCCUCUGCAAGCCGUUCCUACACUUACUGCCAAGGCUGCUGUUGCCUCGCGCAUCGCCCAUCUGGCGCCAGCUACCUCUUCACCCAUCCCUGUCGCUUCGAUGUUGACUGGGAUGAUUGUGCCCUAUUGCCAGCCUUUGCCUUUUGGCCAGACACAAACCCAGGCUUCAGCACAAAUGCAACAGCAGCCUGCCUUCGUUUCUGCCUUUACUCCAUUAUCGGGCGUGCAGCCGUUUCCUACCUCUUAUCCGAAAACUGCGCAGACCACUGGACUUAAUCCAUUCUACUAA